UAGCCAUUGUAUAAAUAAUAUGGUCGUACUUUCUACAGUACGCAUCAGGAUGUAUACUAGUAGCAUCGUGAUUCUUUCGGCACUGGUCUCUAGGGCCCUUUGCUUCAACGCAGAAGUCGACGAUAAGUUCCAUAAACUUCCUCGCGAUGAAUUCAUUAAAUACUUCAACAGUCAAAAUUUUACUUGGAAAAUUCAAAAGUACAACUUUGAAGGUAAGGUGUUAGAUUGUGCCGAAGUAAGCACCAAUCAUCCAAUUCCUAUAAAACCUGGUGGAUAUAAACUGCAUGUUCCAAAAACAUUUGAUGCCACUGAAAAAUGGCCGGAAUGUAGUAUAAGAUACGAGAAUUUAGAUCAAGGAAGCUGCGGAUCGUGUUGGGCGAUCGCUGCCUCGUCGGUAGCUAGUGCUCGAUCAUGUAUUUUGGGUCCAAAUAUAAAGAAAGAUGAACCUGUUUCCUUACGCAAAGAACCAGUGCUGUCUACUCUCGAUUUGACGUGCUGUACGGAUUGUUUCAAUAAAAGUUUCUGCAGCGGAGGUUCCCCUGAACGAGCGGCUCUAUUCUGGGUAAAGCAUGGUUUGGUUACGUCAAGUUGCAAACCAUAUAGUGAUACAGUAAAUGGCACAUGCAAAGAAGAAUGUGUUAACGAGACACUAUCAUACAAGGACAAUAAGCAUUUCGGAGAAAAUAUCUACAUAGUGGUGGCUGAUGAUUUAGAGAUUCGAGCUGAAUUGGCUUAUAAUGGUCCCUUAAUAGCAACCUUUGCUUUAUACGAAGAUUUGAAAGACUACAAAAGUGGAAUAUACGAACAUACCUACGGAAAAUUGGUUGGAUAUCAUAGUGUCCAAGUGAUUGGAUAUGGAGUAGAGAGCGAAGUUCCGUACUGGCUAGUUACCAACACUUGGGGAAUGAAGUGGGGUGAAUCAGGCGUUUUCAAAGUUAAACGCUUCCAAAAGGACCUAGCUUUUGAAGAUCAAAUGAUUUCUUUGUUUCCAAAGAGAAAGCACUGUCCUUAAUACGUAUCAUUUGGAAAUUGAAUUUUAAUAAAUGAUGUGCCUAACAGA